AUGAGGGCACAGGGACAUACUGCACCACCCAUUCUGCGUUACUACUGGAAAUCCUGGACUCCACCCAAGCUGCAGGUUUUCACCACCGCUGAAAUAUGUAAGAUUAUUGGAGCUGUGAUCUUCUCAUCAGAAGAGGAUAAUGGGGUGAAGAUUCUGCAGAGCUGGACAAAAAGAUUCAUCAACGAUUGUCAGGUGAUCAACCCUUCAACCAUCACCAACGAUGAAGACUGGAGGCCGGAUGUGGAGAAAUCCCCCAUAGUCAUAUUCUACUCUUCUUCAUCCAUGAGCUCCAUAGAGAAGAUGAAAUCUCACAUGGAAAACAUUGUCUCCAGGAAAGGACACCAGGCAGUGAUUGUGGUGAUCAGGGACAUCCAGGACUCGGAGGAGAAGGUCAGAUCUGAGUUGGGGAUCAGCCGGUAUUCUGAGUGUGAACUGCACGUGUUUACAAAGACAGAAUGGCUUCUACAAGACCCUCGACAACAGGUGAUGGCGAAGAAGAUAACGACGAUCAGAGACUGUUUACCUGGAGGUUUUCAGAAGAUGAAUCUGAGUAAGGAACCCAAUAAUCUCAACACCUCUCAAAAUAGCAAAAAUGGUGCCACCUUCUUCAUCCAAGAGACCUCCCAGGAGAAGAGCCACUGGCUGGAGCCGGUGCUGAGGACCAAUGACAAGGUGGAUUUUACUGUUACUGAAAUCUCAAAGAUUAAGAAGCUGUCAUCCAGGGCGAAGGAGAUCGGCCCCAUCAGCUGCAUCCUGCACUUCAACAAGGAGACCUUCCAUAAGGUGACUAAGAAGGAGAACUCCGGAGAAACAGCGAUUGACCGCAAGAUUCUGCAGCAUCUGGGUAAAAAAGUGCAGAGAGUGGUUGUGGUGGUUGAUGAUGUGGAUGAUGAUGGAUCAGAGGACGGUCUCCGAGCGCUGUAUAAUAAGACUCAGCUCAGCCGAUCGGCGCAUCUGGUCGUGUUCAGACGGGAGGAGAAGCAGGAGGAAUUUCUGGCAUAUUUCUCAUCUAACAACGAUGCAGAGGUGGCGGCCCAGGAGAAAUGGAGUAAACUCCAGAAAUCCAUCGAGACAAGAGUGAAGGUGCCACCCGAAACUGAAGAGACGGAAGGUAUUACGAACUUCACGACUGUUGGGAUCUUCUCUCGAUCUUCAAACAUUGAUUACUCCUGGAUGGAUAAGAUGCUUAGGUCUCCAGAUCUACAUCUAUCCGUCUCCGAUGUCAGAUCCUUUUGUAUUUCUAACAACCAAACUCAACAGAUUUUUGAAGAACUAAAUCUCUGCACCUUUGGUAUUUUGUAUCACACCAAGAACAGAGGCAGAGUAAACGUCACCGACGUGAUGGACUCUCUGUACGACGAAGAGCUGAAGGACAUGAGCCGUCUUCUUGGGAGGAAUAAUGUGAUUGUGGUGAUCGAUGAUCUGAUGGACAACAGCUUAGAGGAAAAGAACCGGAUUCUAAAAUCUCAGCCCAGCAUCAAGAAAUAUGCCUACAAUCUGCUGCUUGUCACCGAGAAGGAGAAGAAAGACGAGCCACGUCUCCUGGAGCGACUGAGGGAGGCGCUGAUGUUCAAGGGUGAAGAGAAGGAUGGGAAGAGCACAUCGCAGCCGGGGGACAAGCAGCCAUCAUCAGGUGAAGACGAGAAGAGCACAUCGCAGCCGGGGGACAAGCAGCCAUCAUCAGGUGUAGAAGAGAAGAGCACAUCGCAGCCAAUAGCUCCUGCAAGGAAAAAAAAAGCAGAGCCAGGGGAUGACCAGAUGAAAAAAAUAGUGGAGCCGCUGGCAGAAAACAAACAACCUGAAGAAAGCAAGAAUAAUACAAAUGAAAAUGUGAGCAAAUCAGAAGGGAAGGUCAGUAACCGGGACUCUGAGAAGAAGGCGAAAAGCAAAAGGCACUCUAAGAAGGAGCCAGAGAGUAUACGGGAUCCUCAGAAGGAGCUGACAAGCGACAGGGACUCUAAGAAGGAGCCCGAGAGUAAACAGGACUCUGAGAAUGAUCAACAUGACUACUACAGCUCCCAGCUAUAACAUAAUUACUGUUGUCAAAAGGGUGAAUCCACCAGCAUAAAUGAAUCAUUAUAUUCUGAGGGACUAUGCCACUA